GUUUAUUUUCUAAACAAUUAAAAAAUUCCUCUCUAAAAUUGGGAUAUAAGCAACCGGUGUUCAAGCAACUGGAAUUGUUUUGUUUUGCUUUGUAAUCAGUACUUUUCAAGGGAGCUUUUAAAGCCGAGCUGAAAUAUUUGAAAUGAGGAACAUUCUUGACCAUGAAAUAUGUUCUACUUACAUGCCUCAGCCUUUAAAAGUUCUUUGCAUUAGAGUCGGGGAUUACAUUGUUUCUGGAGCCAAGCAUGGGGCCAGCUGUGAACAAGCCGUACUUCUCCUUGGGGAGGCUGAUGGGAGUUUAAAAGGUUUGUUGUGGCGGGUGCCACAAACACUCCCAACCCCGUCACCAACCCUCUACUUCCAUCUCUGUCCACUGUAAACCACGUAGACACCUACGCAAAAGCGACAGCUGGAUUCAGGAAACCAUGCAUCAUGUCACCAGGAGACAACUGCAGACUUUAAACUGUGUUCAACAUGUGGAUGCGGCAGAGAAAUGACCUGUCCAGACAAGCGAGGGCAGCUCAUAAACUGGUUCAUCUGCUCUCUUUGCGUCCCGCGGGUGUGCAAACUCUGGAGCAGCCGCCGACCAAGGACCCGGAGGAACCUUCUGCUGGGCACUGCCUGCGCCAUCUACCUGGGCUUCCUAGUAAGCCAGGUGGGGCGCGCAUCGCUCCAGCACAAACCCACCGCGGAAAGGGGGCCCCACAAGAGCCGAGACACCGCCGAGGCACCCUUCCCUGAGAUACCCCUGGAUGGUACCCUGGCCCCUCCAGAGUCCCAGGACAAUGAAUCCACCCUGCAGCCCAAUGUGGUGUACAUUACCCUACGCUCCCGGCGAAGCAAGCCUGCCAAUAUCCGUGGCACAGUGAAACCGAAGCGCAGGAAGAAGUAUGCAGUGGUGUCUCCAGCCCCAGGGCAGGAGGCUUUGGUGGGUCCAUCCCUUCAGCCACAGGAAGCUGCAAAGGCAGCUGAUGCUGACGUGCCCAGCUAUGUCCAGAGAGGAAAUCUGGCCAACGUUGGGGAAAAAUACCGGAGGUUGAUACGGGGUCCAGGAGUGCGAGUUGGGGGUUCAGAUUUACAGCCGCCGAAGGCCAGGGAGAGCAACAUCAGGAUCUACAGCGAGAGCGCCCCCUCAUGGCUGAGCAAAGAAGACAUCCAUAGAAUGCGACUGUUGGCCGAUGGUGCUGUGGCCGGCUUCCAGCCAGUGUCCUCAAACAGCCAAGUGCGCUUGCUGUUGUUCCAGGGGAGUGCCCCUGGCUCUGUGCCUGGCUGCGGCCCUAGCCCCUGCGGGCUGGUCAAGCAGCCUUUGGACAUGAGUGAGGUGUUUGCCUUCCACCUGGACAGGAUCCUGGGGCUCAACAGGACCCUGCCUUCUGUGAGCAGGAAAUCAGAGUUCAUCCAAGAUGGCCGCCCAUGUCCUGUCAUUUUCUGGGAUUCAUCUUUAUCUCCAACAAGUAAUGAGACCCACUCUUCUGUUAAGCUCACCUGGGGGACUUACCAGAAGUUGCUAAAGCAGAAGUGCUGGCAGAACGGCCGAGCACCCAGACCUGACUGGGGUUGCACUGCGGUGCAUCAUCAGGAGUGGUCCAAGGUGGCCCUCUUUGAUUUCCUGUUGCAGAUUUAUAAUCGCUUGGAUACAAAUUGCUGUGGAUUCAGACCUCGAAAGGAAGAUGACUGUGUACAGAAUGGACUGCAGCCAAAAUGUGACGACCAAGAUUCUGUGGCCCUUGCACACAUUAUCCAGCGAAAGCACGACCCACGGCAUUUGGUCUUUAUAGACAACAAGGGUUUCUUUGACAGAAGUGAAGAUAACUUAAACUUCAAAUUGUUAACAGGCAUCAAAGAGUUUCCUGAAUCUGCAGUUUCUGUUUUGAAGAGCCAGCACUUACGGCAGAAACUCCUUCAAUCUCUGUUUCUUGAUAAAGUUUAUUGGGAGAGUCAAGGAGGUAGACAAGGAAUUGAAAAGCUUAUUGAUGUAAUAGAACAAAGAGCCCAAAUCCUUCUCACCUACAUCAAUGCCCAUGGGGCCAAAGUAUUACCUAUGAAUGAAUAACAAAAGGAUCUUCUGGCCGGAGUGCUAGAUAUAUUUAUGUGUUGUUGUUUUUAAAUCAAGUACACAAACCUCAACUCCUUUCGGGAAUGAGACAGAGUAGAUGAAUACAUAAAAUGAAUGAAUUUAGCCACGUAUAUAUGAUGAACCUGAGCAUGAUAAGCAGCUCAUAAAGCUUUAAGAAACAUACUCCUCAAAAAAAUAUUUGUUUCUAUAUUUUACUACCACUGUCAUGUGAGUCUCCACAUCUGGUUACAGAAUGAUUGCAAUGAUUAUUCCAGCUAGCUUUGGUAGAACAUUUGUCAUGUUGUUUAAUAGAGCAGUGUAAACCAACUUUUUAAAUAAAUUAUGUUUUAUGCCAUUUUCACUGGUCUGACUAAACACGAAUGGGAAUGAGCCUUGAAAAAAAUUUUUUUUGGUUGCUAAUUAUUAAAACAGAGCCGUCACAGCCUUCACUCAGAGGUGACUCUCCACUGGGAGAGGUGCAUGGGAUCUGCAAAUCCAUCAGUGCCUACAGUCAUUCUAAGUGGAAAUGAUGAGUUAUUCCCAAACCUACCAGUUUAUAUCCUAUUGUAUCUAUAAAUAAUCAGCCAUUUGCAUGAUUCCAAGCAGUAAGAAUCACAUUUUCUACUUCUCUUCAGAUAUUUAUUUUAUCUUCAGUGGAGGAAACAUCUAAAUCUAACAGUUUAUACAUUAGGUAGUUUUGCCGUCUCAGUUUAGGUCUAAUUUAUGUCUCGUUGCUUAAAAUAAAAUAAUAUUAAGGUUUAAAGUUACCCAUUUGAAACUGUACUUAUAGAGCACAUCUUAAAAAAUGUUCUUUUUAAAGUUUUUGUCAUUUUUACAAGGAUGUACUAUAAUUUCUGUAUAUUUCAUUAAAAUGGUGGAAUUCUUCAGAUUUGUUCUGUGUAAUUAUAUUUAACCUGAUUUAAUUGAUAUUGUCUAGAUAUAGACAAUCAGAUCAGAUAUUGACUGUGUUGAAAUAUAUUGUUUGGCUUCUUUUAAUAUAAGAAGUAUGAAAAAAUAAAUGAAAAUUUGACUCUGGUCCUUUCUCCUUGAGGAAGGCACAUGACUAGAACAAAAACAGUAUAUUUUGUUAUUAUUGAACCUGAAAUAAUUCUCCCCAAACCCCCUUUACCAAGUUUUUAAUUAGGUGAAGGAUGUGGACAUAACAGUAUUCAUGUGUUGGAUCUUUAUAUCCUUGGAAGAUACUCACUCACAUUAUCAUGUAUGACAGAUAUUCAUAUGGAGAUUUCAAAUCUUGAGCAAAUUAUCAUUAUCUUCCCAUCCCCAUGUACCCAACCCCUUAUUGAACAGCUGAUACACUGACUUUUCCUUUCCCUGGAAGUUUAAAAAUACAAUUUAAGAAUGUUUUAAAUAAUAAUACUACAAUUUAAGAAUGAUUUUAAUAAUAAUUAGAACUUAUCUGUAGAUUCUAAUUUAUACAAAAGUAUAGGGGCAAAAAGUUAAAAUAACAUGUUAAUUACAAAACAAAAUAGAACAAGAAGAAAGGAAUCACUUUAUCAUCUAAUUAUUGCUCCUUUAGGCUCAGAGCCAAGUACAACUCUAGCUUCCUUCUUUGCAGGGCUAGCCUUUGGGGAGUUGGUUGGUAGACCUUCCUCCUGUUCUGUUUUCCCUCUGUAGCUUCCAUUGGUCUCACACGUUCAGAGUACCCUUUGGCUCUCUUCAGUCUUCACUUUUACCUGUUGUAUUUGGGCUUUUGAAGAUUGCUUUUCUUCCUUUCUGAUUAAUUAUUAGGUUGAUGAAAAAUUGGCCUAACAGAAGUUUGGGGACCCAGGUUCUAUUUUGAGCCACUAACUUGAACCAACUCUUGGUCAAGAGUUAUUGCCUUACCCCUUGUCUUUUUCAGGUGGCAUAUUUGAAUUUUAACGGGCAUUAAUGAACUAUACCAUCUUCAUUCCGAUUUGUGAUAGUGGUUAUGGAAAUUCCAUGCUUCUUAAAAGUUAUCUUUGAUUUUGUGUCUCAAGCUACCUGGUUUUGGGCAGCUUGGUUGUCUCACAUAUGGGUCUGGCUUUGUUUAUUUGCCUUCAGUUAUUCCAAAAUGCUUAAUAUUCAAUAAUGGUCCAGGGACACAUGUUAGUUUCAGUCACCUUUGCUUUUGUGAACAAUGUAUUUGCUUUUAUAAUCAGUGAAUAGUUCAUGCUGUGUUAUUUUUGAAUAAUAGAUAGCUAAAGGCUAGGCUUUUAAUUCUAAUAAAUAAUGCUCUUCAUUUAUUUUACUUGAAACAAUGAAAAACGUGGUGCCUUUCAAAUGUACUCAGAUUAUGCUGUGGUUUAGUUCACACAAACACAUUAUGUGGUUUAUUUAUAACUUGAUAAAUUUGAAAUAGAACAAUUUACCUUGGCAGACAUACAAAAGCUAUUCUCGUGUGAUUUAUUUUCUUUAAGUUGAUGAUAUAAAAAUGUUAUCUUAAAAAUCUGUAAUAAAAAUAUUAUAAAUUAAAAAUGCAUGUUUUUUCUUUUGUGGGCAGGUUCAUUUUCUUUUGUAGAUGAGUUACUUUUUAGAAGUUAAAUAUAGAGGAAUAUUUGCCACCUAUAUUCAUUAUAAAAAAAACAAUUGAAUAGUCUAGAAUUUUAUUGGAUUGUGUUUGUGUAGACAUAUAUUUGAUAUUAUUAUUAGUAACAUACUUCCUCUUGGUGUAGAUAAGGCAUUGCUUUAGGUAGUAUGCAAAUUAUUUAGUAGAUAUCGUAAGCUAUAUGAAUAAUUUCUGGCUUUCUUUCCUUUGUGUGAGUCAUACAAUUAUGUUUCAAGUUUCCUUUAUAGCAUACAUAUUUAUUAAAUUUAUUAAGUACCUCUGGAACUUCU